AUGAUGACAGAAAACACAAGUUCCAGAAUGGACACCCCAACAAACAUCUCGCUGGUCAGCACAGCGGACCCAGUCUCAGAGUCGCUGCAGUACAAGACGGUGUCCGUGUUCCUGGUGCUGCUGGUCUGCGGCCUGGGCAUCGUGGGAAACGUCAUGGUGGUCCUGGUGGUCCUCACCACCCGUCACAUGCGCACGCCCACCAACUGCUACCUGGUGAGCCUGGCGGUGGCUGACCUCAUCGUGCUGGUGGCCGCUGGACUGCCCAACGUCUCUGACAGCCUGACAGGCACCUGGGUGUACGGGCACGCUGGCUGCCUGGGCAUCACCUACUUCCAGUACCUGGGCAUCAACGUGUCCUCCUGCUCCAUCACCGCCUUCACUAUCGAGAGGUACAUCGCAAUCUGUCACCCGAUGAGGGCCCAGACCGUGUGCACGGUCUCCCGAGCCAAGCGCAUCAUCGCGGGCGUGUGGGCGUUCACCUGCGUGUACUCCCUGCUCUGGUUCUUCUUGGUGGACAUCCAGGUGAACGCGGACCAGCGGGUGCAGUGCGGAUACAAGGUGUCGCGCGACCUCUACCUGCCCAUCUACCUCAUCGACUUCGCAAUCUUCUACGUGCUGCCCCUGCUGCUGGCCAUCGUACUGUACGCCCUCAUCGCCCGCAUCCUUUACCAGGGGCCCGUGCCCCAGCCCGCCAGCAGCCGGGGCCACGCCACCACCACGCUCCGCCGGAGCUGCAAGGAGCCGUCCGAGGGCGGAGCCAAAGCCGGCCGCCACAGGAGCGCGCUGUCCUCCAGGAAACAGGUAACAAAGAUGCUGGCGGUGGUGGUGGUGCUGUUCGCCCUGCUGUGGAUGCCCUACCGCACGCUGGUGCUGGUCAACUCCUUCAUGGCCACGCCCUACCUGGACGCCUGGUUCCUGCUCUUCUGCCGGACCUGCAUCUACGCCAACAGCGCCAUCAACCCCAUCGUCUACAACCUAAUGUCCCAGCGUUUCCGCACCGCUUUCCGCGACCUCUACCGCUGUCAGGGGGAGGCGGCUCGGCGACGGACCCUCUCCAUGGCGACCACCGGCUACAGCGUGGCCAGGGACACCCCGAGUGCUGCCAACGGGACCAAGGCGAGGGUCGCCACGGAGACGGAGAGGAAGGGGAAGACGGUUUCCUUCGGGAAGGACGGAGUCGAUGCGGACGACUCGGAGAGAUGGAGGGAGAGGAAGGACACGCUCGACAAACCCCUGAAAGCCGCACCCAGUCCCACAGAACAUGAGAAAAUGCAGCACAGCAUAGUGUAGAGGGUCACAAGAAGGAGCCCCUCCCUGUACUUUUGGACAUGUUAAGGAAUGCUUAGCACUAGAGAACUAUGAGAGGCAGGCUGAAAGCCAGAUGCCAAUGAGACAGCAACAGUAAAUUUGUAAUCCGUUAUGGAGGAACACUGCUGGCCUCGAUAACUGGAUGAGCUGGCUUUCAAAAUACAAAAUGUUUCUACUUUUACCCCCGGCCACUGUCAAAUGUUAUAGGAAUUUGUAAAGUCAACAAUGGAGGACGACAGGUUACUCUUUAAAACACUCUUUCGGACGGUUUUUAUUAUGUCAAAUGUACUUUGUACUUUAUUCAGUGCUAUGAGUACAUGUAUCUUGCAAGAUAUCCAAAUAGUUAGCCAGUUACUGACAAGCACGUUCUUAUUGCAUAGCAAAAGAUUAUAACAAAAUGUUAAUUUUAAUGUCUGUGCAGUGAAAAGUGAUGCAAGUAUUGUUACACUGUCCCACUGAACAGAAUUUGAGUCUACCAAUACUGCAUUCGCCUUGAGCUUGAUUGACCAGUAUUUUUUUUUUACUACAAAUUGAAGUGGAAGUGAAACUUGGCUGAAAACAUCACUGGAGAUUUAUUGGCCACCCAUUGAUGACUCAGCACACAGGAGAAUUAUUGGCCAAUCAUCUGUAAUAAAAGAAAACAACUGCCUGGAAGGUUCUGAUCUAAACCGCAAUGAAGAAAUAAAAGACAUUUCAGAGUAUAUGUUGGGGAAGUCAUGCUCCAUCAGAACCUUUCCUGAGGGGAGGUUAUGUUAGGACUGGUAAUGUAAAGAUAAUUUUUGUGAGAGACUGGCUGUUCUUUAUGGAUAUGAAUAUGACAUGCUGCAUCUCUCUUCGACCACUGCUAUAGUGUUUUACUUGUGUGGGGGGCUGCUGUCCUUUAUUAAUACAGAUGAAUACACAGUAUCUAUGUGAAUAUGGCUGUUAUCUAUGAAUGCAAAUGUACACAUUGUAUGCUCUUGAGAAGGCGCCUGUUCUUUAUGGAUAUGAAUGUGACGCUAUAUCUCUCUUGGUGGACUGCUGUCCUGUAUGACUAUGGAUGUGACACACUGUGUGAGGUUAGCUGUUCAUUAUGAAUUUAAAUUACUGUAGCUCUUUUGGAAGACUGCUGUUCCCUAUGAAUUUGGAUGUGUCAAACUGACAGGGUGGGGGGUUUUACGGAUACAAAUGUGACACUAUUUCUAAGAGAAAAUGCUGUUCUUUCAUGAAUGUUACAGAAUAUUGCUCUUGGGAGAUGAAUUUUGUUAAUACAGAUGUGACACAUUAUCUUUGUGAGAGGCUAGCUGUUAUAUUUGAAUAUGAACGUGAUAUAUUGUAGACUGAUAUGCUGGAAGACUUCUGAAUUUGGAUGUGUCACCUGAGAAACGGUAGGGGUUCCUUAUGAAUAUAAAUGUGAUACACUGUAUUCCCGAGAUCAGGUGGCUGUGCAGAUGUGACAGUGUAGCUGUGUGGGAGGGAUCAUCUGUCACUGUCUUGUUAGAGCCCGGCUGGAACUUGUUGUGAAGUGGAGUGUUUCCUCCAUCAGACCAGGGCUGUGCAUUUCAUCUUCCUGUCCCUCUUAUUUUCAUUUUCCAUCUAUUUAUAUCUUCUCUUUCUGUCUACGGCUAGCUUUGUGCUUUACCCUAUUCAUCUGUCUGUGUGUGCGUGUGUGUGGGUAUAUUAAUCUUUGGAUGUGUGUGUGUGUCAGUACAUUAAUCUUUGGAUGUAUGUUUGUGUGUGUGUGUGUGUGUGUGUGUGUAGAUACAUUCAUCUUUGGAUGUGUGUUUGUGCGUGUGUGUGUGUGUGUGUGUGUGUGUAGGUAUAUUCAAUGUGAAUUUGCGCACCUGCAAAUGUCAUUUCUCCCACACUCUGUCUCUUCAGCACGCAAAAUCUGCCCUCUUGAUCUAAGGGAUAUUGUCGUAAAUUGUUGUCAUUUGUAAGUGUGGAGAGUAAUUAAUUAUUCUAUAACACAGCCUGUAUGUUUACCAGAUAAAUAAUGGACUGUGGAAUGGCCCUGCUAAUCUGACAUGGGUUAAGAAAUUGAUAAAUACGUACUUACACCUGUUUGCUUUCACUUUUGUACUAUAUUGCUGAUAUGAUAUUGCCAGUAUUGCAGUCUGUAAAGGCUAUUUUUGAUCUGCCAAUGCUGUGAGGCCAUAGGUCUGAAUGACUGUGUGAAAUAAGCUUUGUGUUUGUA